AUGGCUGCUGUCGAGCCGGGACGUAUGGCCUCACCGACCGGCGGAGAACAGGGGCAGCGGGUGCAGCAGUGCAAGCAGUGCGGAGUGGGGUGGCCGUGGGCGCACUUCGAGCCGAAUGAGGAUGGAAGCAGGGACUAUGCGCAGGAGGUCUGUACUCGCUGUAUCGACCCAGAAGACGAAGAGCGGAGAUGGCAGCUGGCGCUGUGUGUCAUGGAAGAACACAUCAAUAACGCCCGCUCGAAGGAGGGACUCGCCAUCAAACCCAGAGUCCAUCCGCAACCCGCUCCUCGCCGCAAGCCAAACCCCGUCGUUCCCCUCCAUCCCAUCUUCACCGGCUCGCAGGGCUGGUCGUCGCCCGCUCCUGCCGUCUCACCGGCCAUAUCGAACGCCUCCGUCCCGGCAGGUGGACUCCCCUCUGCCCAGUCAGGCAGCUCUCGGACCAUCCAUUCGGGACCGUCUACCGAUACCUCGGCUGGUACAGUGACCGGCGAGCCGAAGGCUGCGUACAAGCGGCUGAAGUUUAUCUCUGUGCAACAGAAACAGGAGCCGGGGAUUAUUGAGCUGCCCUCGAACUCCAUAUCCCCUGCGCCGACGACGGAUGCCAAACCUCCACCUCCCUAUUCGUUCCCGACCGAGACGCUGCCUCCCCCUCCUCCCCCUCUUCCGGCACCGCCUGCGCACCAGUACCCCGCAGCUCCUGCUCGGCCUGUUCCUGGACCAGCCCAAACGCCACAUAUACCAUCACAGGCCGUCCAGCCUGCUCAGGCGCGUCCUCCAGCGCAAGCCCCUCGACCGGCCGGUAUCGUUCCCGAUGAAGAUAUAGCGGGUAUGCCUGAACCAGAUCGCGCCGCUACAUGGCUGAGGCGAUACUACCGCACCGGCACGCAAAACAACCCUACCCAGCUGUCCGUCUGGCAGCGCUACUUCCAGACAUUCGAAUUCCACUCGGCACAAGCCCGAGGACGCCCCUUCCCCCUCCAAGGCGCCGAAUUUGUCUGCGUUGUCCAGCGGACAUUCUCGAACGUCCAUUUGGUACCCGAGGUGUUUACGUUUGGGGGGAUCGAGGAGAUCCAGCGGCCGGGUACGGGGUGGGGGAGGAUAGUCGGAAUAGGGGCGGGCCUCGGGGUUAGUGGCGAUGAGGUACCCAGAAGGGAGGUCGAUCUUGGGAGCUGGGGAGAGACAUCAUACCAGACGUGGCUAAUACGAAACAUAUGGACUGGGAUGUCCGUCUUGGUGUCCGUGGCCGGCAUGGUCUUUGCCUUUGGACCUAGCGGCCAGCUGGCACAGGCCAUAUACGGAAGAAUGCUUUGUGCUCCGCGGCCGCUCACGGUGGAAGAUUACGCCGGUAUGCCUCCGAGCCUCCAACAGCCUCCAACGGAGAUCUGGAAGUCCAUUCCUGAGCAAGCUUCCUGA